AUGAAAGAAGAAAUAAAAAAUAAUAAUACAGAGGUGUUGGUUUUAAUAAAACAAUUAGUUACAUGUUUAGAUCAACAACAAAAACAAAUAACUCAAUCUAUAGAUUUUAUAAAUAAUAUUCUAACACAAAUAGCAUUAAGAGAUAAACUUGAAAAAUCUUUUUCACCUCAACAUGUAACAAAAAUAAACGAUCCACAAAAUGUUUCAAAUAGUAUUUUUGUUAGUAAUUUACCAAAAGAUUGCACUGUAAACGAGAUUCAAUCUUUAUUUAUUAGAUUCGGUAUUUUAAAAAGAGUAGAGUUAGAUAUUAGAAAUCAUGGUGCAAUAAUAGAGUUUUAUCAUCAAAACUGUUCAAUUGCCGCUAUAUACUAUCCACACAUCCUUUCAAUAAGAGAAAGUAAUUUAUCAUUAGAGUUUUUAACAUUUAAUGAUUCUUGUCUAAAUAUAUCCCCAGAGUUAUAUAAGAGUAAAGAGGUUUCAAAAAAAAUUGAAGAUAAUUCAAAUCCCUCUUUACCUGAUGAUAUUAUUCGUUCCCCACCUAUUAUUUCUUCAUAUAGUGAGAAGGGUAAAAAUAGUAUAAAUUCAACAUCUUCAGUUUCAUCUAUCGUUCCUCUUCAAAAUAAAGAGCCUCUACAGUUAGAAUCAAAAACCUCAGAACCAAAUCAGAUAAUGAAAAUGAAAGGUGAUAUUAAAAGUCCAAAUUUAACAAAAGAAAUCCCCCAGCCUAAUUUUCAAAAUCAAAAGCAGGUAAAUAAUCAAGUAAAGGAAAUAUCCAAUAGUUUAGCCCCAUCAGAAAUUUUAUGGAUUGGAAGAAUUGGGUCAAAUAUAAAUUAUGAAAAAUUAUAUCAAUUAUUUAUUAAAUUUGGGAAAGUCGAUUAUUUACAUAUGGUAAAUGAUAGUAAUUAUGCAUUUAUUAAAUUUUUAGAUGUAAAAGAUGCAAUUAAUGCAAAAUUAAAAUUAAAUGGUUCUUUGAAAUUUGGAGCUCCACUUUUGGUCGAUUUUAAAAAAGGAAACCAAAGGGAAAGUUAUAGAAAAGAUUCAUCGUCAUCUUCAAGAAAAUCUAUUAAUAAUAAUGCAAACAAUAAAUUCCAAUCUAAAGGACCAUCAACUAACAAAAGCAAUUUAAUGACUUUUAUCCCAAAUCAUUUAGAAAAUAAAUAUUUAGGAGCUGGUGUUAUUUUAUUUUCAUAUGAAGAUUCAAAAUUAAGAUUUUUAUUAGGUAAUGAAAAGUAUACAAGUAAUGGCAAUCCAAAGGAAGAACAGUUGUUGGCAUCGUUUUUAAUGGGAAAAAGAAAAUCAGAUGAAAAAUCAAUAGAUACAGUCACUGUAGAGUUUAAUAAAAAAACAGCAUUUGUUUUUCAUAAUCAAAUUCAACAAUUCCGUCGAUUAUUUGAAUCUAGAGAUUCAGUUAAAAUUAUUGACCCUCUUAAAAGCUAUGUAGUAUAUUGUUCUCAAAUCAAUUACGACCCAGAUCUUCCUCAAUUAUUUGCAAAUUCAAGAACCAACAAACAAUCGACACAAAGCCUCGAAUGGGUAAACUACGAAACAAUAAUCAAAUCUAGUGUCCAAAAUCCUCAUUUUAGUCGUUUAGAUUCAACAAUAGUAUUCCCACCCAACUCAUUACCAAAUAGUCUUUCAACCCUCACACUCAAUUAUUCAUUACCAAAUAGUCUCACAACCCUCAAACUCAAUUAUUAUUAUAACCAAGAAAUUCAAAACGGCUCAAUACCCGAUAGAAUUACCUCACCCACACUUGGUAUUAGAUUUAACCUAAUAGUUCAAAAAGGUUCAUUACCAGAUAGUCUCACAACACUCACAUUCAAUAGUGAUUUUAAAGUGAUUUUACCAGGCUCUUUACCCAAACUAUAA